CACCUCCUUCUUGCCCUUUGCCCACUCUCGUUCGCUGGUACAGAAAACACUCAAAAAUUUCUCUCUUACUGUCCGAAUCGUAGCUGCAAAAGAAACCAGAAAUGGCGAAUAAGAACCCAAAGAAAGCUAAUCUCUUAGAUCACCACUCGAUCAAGCACAUACUCGACGAGUCGGUCUCCGAGAUUGUUACGAGUCGUGGAUAUGUUGAAGAUGUGAGGUUGAGCAAUGUAAGAUUGUUGAUGGGCAGUAUUAUCAUAAUUAUAGCUCUUGUUGCUCAGUUUUACAAGAAGAAGUUUCCUGAGAACAGAGACUUUUUGAUCGGCUGUAUUGUAUUGUAUAUAGUCUUCAAUGGAUUGUUGCAGCUGAUUAUAUAUACAAAAGAGAAGAAUGCAAUCUUAUUCACGUAUCCUCCUAAGGGAUCUUACACUAGCACUGGUUUAGUGGUCUCUUCUAAAUUGCCCAGAUUUUCCGAUGAAUACACACUAAGCAUAGCAAGUGCAGAUCCCAAAUCAAUUUCUGCAGGGAAACCUGUGCACUUUACCAAGAGUGUCACCAAGUGGUUCACCAAGGAUGGAGUUUUAGUGGAAGGUUUGUUCUGGAAAGAUGUUGAAGAACUAAUAGAUGAUUAUGCAGGAGAACCAAAGAAGAACAAGUAAUCCACUGUUCUAACAACGUUGAGUAGAUCAAUGGUUAGACAGAUAGAGGUUGAACAUUAUUGUGAUUUAAUAUGGAUGUUCAUCGAAACUAUGCUUCUUCCCUUGAAAAUUUUUGAGGCAAACUAAAUGAAUUGACUAGCAUGAUUUCUUAGACAACCAAAGAAAUUAUAGUAAUCUGCAGUUGCAGACAAAAGUCCUGAUGAUUGCUUUCUAGCUAUUGUUUCUUGGCAUUUGCAAAUUGCAGGAAAAAGUUUUCGCUUC